AUGGAUCUGGCCAGAAUGAGCUUGGCCCUGGGCUGGAUGGCUGCCAUCUUUCUGCUACAGAUGUCCACGGCAGAACGCUUCAGGGGGGGACCGGAUGGCGAGACUCAAGUGUUCGCAGACAUGAGUGCUGAAGAGUUGGAGUCCGUGCACGCCUACCUGAUGAACAGGGAGGAGCUGGAGCUGCAGCCAGCCAGGACAAUGACUCUGGCCAAGAACUGUGUAUUCCUCAUUGAGAGGCUACUGCCCAGGAAGCACGAGGUACUGGAUUUUCUCGAUAAAGGAACCAGUCCUCCUCUGCGGGAAGCUCGUGUCCUCAUUUACUUUGGCGCCCAGGAGCAUCCCAAUGUUACCGAGUAUGCCGUGGGGCCCAUCAAACAGCCCGUGUACAUGCGGAAACUGAACCGUGGGCAAGGGCAGGAGCUCCCCUGGGCAUCCAGACCCAUGUCCAAAGUAGAGUCUGCUCUCCUCCAUGAUGUCCUGAAGGAGGCCACUGAGCCCUUGAACGAGUUUUUCUUUGACACCACUGGAUACACACUACAGGACUGCAAUGGCCAGUGCCUGACCUUCACCAAUGUGGCCCCUCAUGGAAUGGCACUCAGAAAACGCCAUAGCUGGUUUAUCAUGCAGCUCCAUGUGGAAGAUCAGUUGCCACAACCCACAGGGCUGGAGAUCCUUGUGGACCAUGGGAGCACAAAUGUCCAGAACUGGAGAAUACUACAACUCUGGUACAACAGCAAGCUCUACCAGAGUGCAGAGGAACUGGCUCGGAAAUAUAAGGACGGAGAAGUAGACACGGUGGACUUUGAGAACUUACUGCCCAAGAUCACAAAGCAGUCACCAACCCUCUCCUACAAACACGGUAGAGAAUACCCCAAGCCUAUAAGCAAGACUGCCACCCGCGUGCUCCGGCCCAGUGCUCCCCAUUACAGCCUCAAAGACAACACCGUGCUCUACGGAGGCUGGACCUUCUUCUUCCACCUGAGAGCCACUUCUGGGCUGCAGAUCUUUAACGUGCACUUCAAGGGUGAGCGUAUCGCCUAUGAGAUCAGUGCACAGGCAGCCAUGGCGCUCUAUGGAGGACAAGGACCAGAAGGAACAGAAACAAAAUACAUCAACUUGGGCUGGGGCCUGGGUGGUGUCAUUCACCAGUUAGUCCCUGGCAUCGACUGUCCUGACACAGCCACCUUUGUAGAUGCCAUCUACUACUAUGACAGUGAUGACCCAGUCCAUUAUCCCCAAGCACUCUGUAUCUUUGAGAUGCCCACAGACGUCCCCCUUGGGAACCACUUUAAUUCCAACUUCAGAGACUAUUUCAAUCACUAUGAGAGUUUGAAGGGACAUAUGUUGGUGCUGCGGACGACCUCAGCGGUCUACAAUUAUGAUUAUAUCUGGGACUAUAUCUUCUACCCUAAUGGGGUGAUAGAAGCCAAGAUGCAUGCCACCGGUCGCAUCCAUACCACCUUCUAUACCCCAGAGGGGCAGGCCCAUGGCACUCACCUGCACGACCACCUGCUUGGAAACAUCCGCUUCCACCUAGUGCACUACCGUGUUGACCUGGACGUGGCAGGCACUAAGAACAGCUUCCAGACAGCGCAGAUGAGACUGAAAAACAAAACCAACCCAUGGAGCCAGAGAAGCCACCAGGUCAAGACCAUACUCCACAAGACCCAGUAUUCCAGGGAGCGCCAGGCUGCCUUCCGCUUCACACAGACUCUGCCCAAGUAUCUGCUUUUUAGCAGCACCAAAAAAAACAUGUGGGGUCCCAGGAGCAGCUAUCGCCUGCAGGUCCACUCCCCAGCUGGCCCAGUGUUGCCCCAAGGCUGGCAGAAGUCAACGGCUUUCGAAUGGUUCAGGUACCAACUGGCAGUGACCAAGUACCAGGAAUCUGAGCGGUUCAGCAACCUCGUCCACCGGAACCACCACUGGGCCCACCCUGUGACCUUCGAAGACUUUAUUCAAAACGAUGACAGCAUUGAAGACAAGGAUUUGGUGGCCUGGAUAACCACGGCCUUCCUCCCGCACUUUGAGGACGUCCCCAGCAUGGCCAUACCUAAGAACUACGUGGGCUUCUUGCUCCAGCCCUUCGACUGUCCACGGUAUCAAGUGACAGUCAGGUACAGAAUCUGCAACUACAACAGGCACUGGAUUCCUGAAGACAGGGACUGCCUGACGCCUCUCCCUUUCAGCUACAAUCCUGUGUGAGGAGACCA